AUGACGUCACCACUACCGUUGCUACGUUCCUUUUCAACCGAAAACCAGAACCGAGACUGGAGCAAGCGGUUUUCCUUGCGCAUCAAGCAGAAAAGCAGCAACGAUGGCAAACUGGACUUUGCAUCGUUGCGCAAGAACAAAUUUGCACGCCGCUGUUCGUCCCUUCGCCAGCAGCCCACCGAACAGACCACGUCGAGCGUUACGCUCGAGCUGGAGUCCGCCUCGCCGGCACAUUCCAUGACCAUCCACGAAAACAGCUCACCGAAGAAACCGAAGUGGGAGGUUAUCGAACACUUCAAAUCGAACGUCCGGGGACAGGAGUCGAUCAGCAGCAGUCUCAUAGCGGCCGGCGUGACAGCGUUCAACCUGGACGAUACCACCUCCAACUACUCCGGCACACCAUCGAUACGGAAGAAAAGCUUCCAGAUAUACAGUGGGGCAGCCCAGGAAGAACUUGAACCGCUGAACAACAUAAACAUCAACAACACAACCGAGGGUGUGUUCGAUACAUCCCGCUGCUGGAACACGGUCAAAUGUUUGUUCAACGGAGUCAUCUGUUCGCACAAGUUUAAAAAUGUUCAGGUGGAAAUGCUGUACCAGCGGUACUUUCUUCGCAUGAAUCAAAGCAAUGCGGUUCACAUCGUGUGGCUUCUGUUAGGAUUAAUAUUUAUCUUAGCGCUAAUACAUCUAGUGUUUACGUUCAUCCUGCAACAGUCGCUGGAAAGCUGCUACGAAUCGCCGCUGGACGGUGUACACGUCGGCCAAGACCCCAUCAACGGUACGACGUUGGCGGCGAUUGCAUUCGGUAACGGUAGCGCUAGCUACGAAGAUCCACUCGAAAGAAACAGAUCCGAAGAGGUGGUUCCACCGGAUCGGAGCUACGAAGGACAAAGCGUAACGAACCAACCGAACGGAUGGGCAGGCAACGAAGCAACGGUCGAAGCGAAGCGUGGCUACCAUGGCAACCCGGAAAAGGACGACCCGGGCGGUGUCGAUGAUGAAGGUUUCAUGGAAGUGGCUGACGAGUGGACAGCUGCUGGUCAAGACACGAGUCAACCCGGGCAGGAUGGGAGAACUGGUGGUGGUGGUGGUGUGCGAAGGACAAAACGGCGAUGGGCUGAAUCGGAGACGCUCGUCGUGGUACCUGUUGCUGGUGGGGACUGGUACCAAUCGUACCGCAGUGGGCGAAAAACAAGGGACAAACGUUGGACCCGAGGACAUGCAAAUCGUAGAAAUAAUGUGGAGUCCACCAGGCACGACAAUGGUUACGUCGCGGAAAGUGCAGCUGACAGCACGGUGCACGAUAAGCACAACGAGCCGGACGACGGAGACAAACGGCGGAAGUAUGCCAGUACCGAGACGAGCCGCGAGCCGGACACCGGAAGCGAAGCGUACCCGACGGCCCCGGUCCUGCCGGCCAACGUCAGCAGCGAUUACUCGGAGGAUGGCGAAAUUCCGCUGUGCAAUCGCGACUACUUCACGCUGCUGAAGGACAACAUGACCCAGAUCAUCGUGCUCGGCGUGUGUGCGACCGUGUACGCGCUGCUGCUGAUGUGUCUCUACAAGCAGCGCAUCAACGAGAUCUACCUGUUCCAGGUGUCGUACGUCAUUAUGGUGACGCUGCUCGUGCUGGACGUGUGCUUCAGCUUCACCACCUCGGCCAAAAAGUUCACCUCGUCCGGUGGAUGUACGGUGAUUGCCAUCUACAUCAUUUACACGAUGCUGCCUAUACGACUUCGUGAGGCCGUUGUUGGGGGCAGCCUACUGUCCAUUUCGCACAUCGUGCUCAUGUUCUACAUGAACGAGUCCGACGACAUGGAUGUGCUGUACUGCGAUCUGAUCACACUGGCCUGUACGAACGCGACCGGCAUACUGCUGCACUGGCCGAAGGAAAAGUCCCAGCGGAAGGCGUUCAUGGAAACGCGCCAGUGCGUCGAGGCACGGCUAAAGAUCCAGCGCGAAAACCAGAAGCAGGAACAGCUGCUGCUGUCCGUUCUGCCCCGACACGUCGCAAUGGAGAUGAAGAACGAUAUCGCCGGACAGCCGCGGGAGGCACAGUUCCACAAAAUCUACAUCCAGCGCCACGAGAACGUUAGCAUACUGUUUGCGGACAUCUGCGGUUUCACCAGCCUGAGCGACCAGUGUACGGCCGAAGAGUUGGUACGGCUGCUGAACGAACUGUUUGCACGGUUCGACCGGCUGGCGCAGGAGCACCACUGUCUGCGCAUCAAGCUACUCGGCGAUUGCUAUUACUGCGUGUCGGGAUUGCCCGAGGCCCGGCCAGACCACGCACUGUGCGCGGUGGAGAUGGGUCUGGACAUGAUCGAUGCGAUCGCACUGGUGCGCGAAGUUAUGGCGGUAAACGUGAACAUGCGCGUCGGUAUCCAUACCGGGCGCGUACACUGCGGAGUGCUGGGAUUGCGCAAGUGGCAGUUUGACGUGUGGUCCAACGAUGUAACGCUCGCGAACUACAUGGAGAGUGGCGGUGUUCCAGGCCGGGUGCACAUCACCAAGGAAACGCUCCGCUGCCUGGGUGAUCAUUACGAUGUCGAGGAGGGCCGCGGAGCGGAUCGGAACAGCUAUCUCAAGGACCAUCAGAUCCAAACGUAUCUGAUCGUGCCGAAGGAUGCAUCGUACCGGCCGCACACCAUGUCGAAGCAGUCGUCGUCCGUUAAUGGCAACAUCUCCAAGGAGUUGCGCAUGAUGGGGCACUGGUCGAAGAUGGGCUUCAAUGACAAAACCGAACCGAAAAGCACCGAGGAGGAGGUGAACGAGUAUCUGAUCAAAGCGAUCGACGCCCGCAGCAUCGAUCGGUUGCGGCUCGAUCACUGCAAGCGGUUCCAUCUGACGUUCAUCAAGGAUGACAUCGAGCGAAAGUAUUGCCUCGAGCCGGACCCGAUGCUGAACGUUUACUUCUACUGCAGCAUCAUCAUCUUUCUGGGCAUCAUGUCGAUACAGGUGCUGGUGUUUUCGAUGGAUCACUACAGCUACUGGGUGUAUGGGAUAUUAUCGCUUACCCUGCUAGUGUCCUGCGUUCCGGUGUUCACGCGGGAAGAUAUGAAAGUGUCCACAUUCUUUCGUGGAUUGUCACAAAAAAUUCACGGCCACCGUGAAAUAGCUCAAGUGAUAUCGCUCUGCGUCGUCAUUACUGUGAUAUGUUUAUCUUACUACAAACUGACUUUAAUUUUCUAUCUUUCACUUUACGACGAGUACCCGCUCGUUCGGCCUAGUAAUUGUAAGGAGUCGAAAAUUAUCAAUAUUCUGCUAUUGCUUACCUUGCUUGCCUUACUCACCUGUGCGGUGCAUCAGUUUAUUAAAAUUCUAUUCAAAAUCUUGCUGCUUAUUGUCAUACUCGUGCUGUACGUUACGUCCGUCAUCGUGCUGGCACUCAUCUUCGACCGUCACUGCGAACCAUGGUUUCUUACGACGGAAAGAUUUCUGAUCGAUGUAGCGUUCCUGGUGGUGUUCGUGAUCGGUCAGAUCAUGCACAGCCAGCAGACGGAGAUAACGCGCCGGCUCGACUUCAUCUGGAAGCUGCAGGCGACGGAAGAAAAGGAAGACAUGGAACAUCUGCAGGCCUACAACCGCAAACUGCUGGCCAACAUCCUACCGGUCCAUGUGGCAGAUCAUUUUCUUAUGCGUGAGAAAAACAUCGAGGAAAUCUACCACGAACAAUGCGACACGGUAUGCGUAAUGUUCGCCUCUAUACCAAACUUUUCCGAGUUCUACAUCGAGCUGGAAGGAAACAACGAAGGUGUCGAGUGUUUGCGGCUGCUCAACGAAAUUAUAGUCGACUUUGACGAGCUGCUCGGGCUGGAACGAUUCCGCUACGUGGAGAAGAUCAAAACGACCGGCUCGACGUAUAUGGCGGCAUCCGGGCUGACCGCAAACAGCUGCGACAAGAACGAUUUCCAGCAUGUCAUCGCCAUGAUGGACUAUGCGCUCGAGCUGUUCCAGAAGAUAACGGACGUCAACGAACAUUCCUUCAACAACUUCCGGAUGCGUAUCGGUAUCAACAUUGGACCGGUGGUGGCGGGUGUUAUUGGCACCCGGAAGCCACAGUACGACAUCUGGGGCAAUGCGGUGAACGUCGCAUCGCGGAUGGAUUCGACCGGGCUGAUGGACCACAUACAGGUGACGGAAGAUGUCUAUCAGAUAGUGAAGGAUAAGGGCUACAACCUAACCUGCCGCGGAACGGUCAAUGUAAAGGGCAAGGGCACUAUGAUCACCUAUCUGAUGCCGGGUUUGGCGAAAGAGCAAAGCAACUAG